CCGGGCUUUCGGGAGCCCCCCGAGGCCGGGACUCGUGCGCACGGGCGCGCUCGGAGCGGGACGCUCAGGACGUUGUUCAGCGGGUUGGGAAGGAUCAAGCAGGCCUUCUGAAUUGUAAGAGUCUAGAGAUUUUAGAGCGGCCUGUUCAAGAAGGAAGACUUCCAUUCUGCUGUGAAACCCCGAGACAAGAGAUUGGAGGGCCCAAUGGCUGCAAAAUCCCAGCCCGACGCUCCCAAAACCAAGAGUCCGGGCAGCAUCGACAACAGUGGGGCUGCCACUCAGGGCCAGUGGGGCCGUGCCUGGGAGGUGGACUGGUUUUCGCUGGCCAGCGUCAUCUUUCUGCUGCUGUUGGCGCCUUUCAUCGUAUACUACUUCAUCAUGGCGUGUGACCAGUACAGCUGCUCCCUCACUGCCCCCGUGGUGGACAUCGCCACCGGGCAGACUCGUCUCUCAGACAUCUGGGCCAAGACGCCGUCUGUGACAAAGAAGGCGGCCCAGCUCUACACCUUGUGGGUCACGUUCCAGGUGUUUCUGUACUUGGCGCUGCCUGACUUCUGCCAUAAGUUUCUGCCCGGCUACGUGGGAGGCGUUCAAGAGGGUGCCGUGACCCCCGCAGGAGUUAUCAACAAGUAUCAAAUCAACGGCCUGCAAGCGUGGCUCAUCACGCACCUUCUCUGGUUUGCAAACUCGCACUUCCUGUCCCUCUUCUCCCCCACCAUCAUCUUUGACAACUGGAUCCCGCUGCUGUGGUGCGCCAACAUCCUCGGCUAUGCGGUUUCCACCUUUGCAAUGAUCAAGGGCUACUUCUUCCCAACCAAUGCUAAAGAUUGCAAAUUCACAGGCAAUUUCUUUUACAACUACAUGAUGGGCAUUGAGUUCAACCCCCGAAUCGGGAAGUGGUUUGACUUCAAGCUCUUCUUCAACGGACGCCCUGGGAUCGUUGCCUGGACCCUCAUCAACCUGUCCUUUGCGGCCAAGCAGCGGGAGCUCCAUGGCCAAGUGACCAACGCCAUGGUCCUGGUCAAUGUGCUGCAGGCCAUCUACGUGCUGGACUUCUUCUGGAACGAAACCUGGUACCUGAAAACCAUCGACAUCUGCCACGACCACUUCGGGUGGUACUUGGGCUGGGGCGACUGCGUGUGGCUGCCGUACCUGUACACGCUGCAGGGCCUGUACCUGGUCUACCACCCGGUGCGGCUGUCCACCCCCCACGCCGUGGGCGUCCUGCUGCUGGGGCUGCUGGGCUACUACAUCUUCCGGAUGGCCAACCACCAGAAGGACCUGUUCCGGCGCACGGACGGCCGCUGCUUGAUCUGGGGCAGGAAGCCCAAGGUCAUCGCGUGCUCCUACACGUCGGCCGACGGACAGAGGCACCACAGCAAACUCCUGGUGUCCGGCUUCUGGGGCGUGGCCCGCCACUUCAACUACACGGGCGACCUGAUGGGCAGCCUGGCGUACUGCCUGGCCUGCGGCGGCGGCCACCUGCUGCCCUACUUCUACAUCAUCUACAUGACCAUUCUGCUGACACACCGCUGCCUCCGGGAUGAACACCGCUGUGCCAGCAAGUACGGCAGCGACUGGGCACGCUACACGGCUGCUGUGCCUCACCGCCUGCUGCCCGGGGUCUUCUGAGGCCCCGUCCUGUGGGAGGAGCCCCGAGCCCGGCCUGUGGGGCUCCCCCGGGACCUUCCGUUUCCCCAUCGGGAAGUACAGAGAGCCGGGCGCUCGGUGUGUCCCCCCCUUGUCCCGAGGAGAGCUCAGGGGCUUUGUGCCGCCUGCCUGCCACCAGCAGAAGCGACCAGCGUUCCCUGUGCAGUGUCUGCGUGGAGCCCGCGAUGACCCCGUCUCCUGCGUGUUGUCGGCCUGAGCUGCUGCGCUGCCCAGAUACGCUGGCGUCUGACGCCGCACGGACGUCUUCGGCUCCCUCCCGCUCCAUCUCUCUAAAUCGAGCGGAAGUGGAUACAGGCGGCGCUUCAGUUACCAGCUUCCUGCCUUUGGGCUCCAGACGCACUUUCCCGCGCCCGCUCUGCCACCGUGAGCUGGACCCUGGACACAUCUCUCCUUGGCCGUGUGCCCGGUGGUAAAUUUGAGGGGCGCUGCACCAAGAAGGGGGCUUCUCUUUCUGGGCUCGGUGAUUCCACUUCAUUUCCUUGUCGCCCAUGGCUGCAGGGGUGCAGAGGGGGGCCAAGGUGCUCGUCCAGAGCGUGCCGAGGUCAUGGCCCCGGCUGUGGCCCCAGCGGCCGACCCUCUGAGCAUCCGGCCACCAGGCUCGGCAUGCCAGCCCUUCCAGGGCGCCUCCUGCGUGCCUGGUGUCCGCACACAUUGGCUCAGACCCAGGAAACCUGUGUAUCAUCCCGAGGGCCUCCUCCAGCAAGAUCCGAAUCCCAGCCUUGAGGAGGAGAUGUCUUUCAGGUGAAUUUUUUUACCUUGGGUACUUGCCCUUAACCCGAGGAUUUUCUUGAGAGCUCUCUUUAAACAUUACUGCCUUAGUUGACUUGGUAAUUACAUUAAAGUUGCUCUGUUCUAA